GGUCACUCACUGUUUCUGUAAUUUGUAUCAUAAAAAAUACUCAAGGUUGCGUACUUUAGCGCUCCCUCUCUAUCUCUCUAUCCGCCAUUUCGUUCGUUCAUCCUCAUCAGAAAAAGUAAACAAUCUCUUUGAUAAACCCUAGAUUUACUUCAACCUCCACAGCAUAAUCCCUGUCUCAACUUUGAUUUCUCGUUUAUUGUUUCCCCGAAGAACUAAUUAUUGGAUCUGGACUGAAGGUUUUGGUGGUCUGUAAGCGAUUCAGGACAUAAAAGUGAAAUACUGAAGCUUGGCAAUGGAGUUAUACAAGCCGUUCAAUUUGCGAUAAAUUAUGUUUGGGGAAAGCUAUAUGCCCAGGAUGAUGUGUUUUCUGGCUUGUGUACUUUUAUAUCACCAAAAGGCUUCUUCAGAAAUGGGUUAAUGUUAACUUUCCUUGCAUAUUCCAUCUUCUGUUGUGUUGUUGUAUAAUAUUGAGUUUAGGGAAAGCUAAAAAAUUACAUGAUGGGUUCACUUUCCGGAGCUUGUGAAAUUGUUGAGUCGAAGGAUGAACUUGAUUUUGGUCAAAGGUAUAAAGGGAUCAACCUGCUACCUUCUGGAUCUAGAAUUGAUGAGAAAGCUGGAAAGCUUCCAAUGCUGAAAACAGGACGUAAUUAUGCAUUGGAAGAUGAUCUUAAUCAGCUUUUUGAAGCUAUCAACCUCAGGUCUGCUGGUAAGGGUCUGAGUCAUCCUCACCAAUCAGAUAGGGGAACAGCAAGCAAUAAUGCUUCAAAGAAGCCAAUUAGAGUAGGUUCACUUCAUCCAUCAGGGAUUGGAAUUUCAGAAUCUGUGACUUUGAAGCAGGCACUUAGACGGCUAUGCGUUUCUCAUGCAUCUGAACAGGCUGCCAUGAAGCGAUUAGCGAUGCCAAUUGGUUCUCCAAGGAUCUCAGAAGCCGGAGCUAUCAAGAAGCUAUACAGGGCAGUGGUUAGUGAGGCAAGUGAAUCAGGUCUUCCCUUGGAUGAAGGUAAAGGGAGUUUGUUAGAGAUCUCUAUGCUGCCUGAAAAGAAGACUGCUGCAAAAUCCCUGCAAAAUUUAUCAGAAUCCUUGCAAGUGUCAGGGGCUAAGUCUCCCGUCACAAGUGCUCGCUCUCCCAGAUUCAUGUUAUCAAAUGCUACAAUGCCUUGUAGGGCCAAAACACCUACGCGGAGUGAGAUUCUUCACGAGUCAACAGAAGCUGUACAUGAGGUACCAACUCCAAAGUUGGGGGGAAAAUCCGUGCAAGUGUCCAGGACCAAGUCACCAACCUCAAGCUCCCGCCCGUCUCCCAGAUUAGUAGCAGCUCCAACAUCGACAAAGGUAGGUGCCAAAAUACAUCCACCAAAUGAGAUUUCUCCUGAAGUUGGAGGUGAGAAAUCUACUCCGAAGCUUGUGGAAAAGGGAAAAUGCAGAAGUACGCAGUGUCUACCAAAUUCAAAUACCAUCAAGGAAGUUCUAGAGGUAGAUGAGGUUUCCACUCCUAAAUUUGGGAAUAAAACCUCAGGACUUGACCUAGUGCCAAAAAGCAGGCGAGAUCCUACUUCAUCUUCAUCCAGCUCAUACUUGGGUAGUAAAGUAGGCAAAUCAGUUACCACCAGAACACGUACUAUCAAGCCAGUUUUUAGACAUAAGAGUAUUGCUAAGAAAAGAGUUAAACAAGAUUUGGUUUCUGGAUCCAACAGUUCUAAUAUAUGUAAUGAAGCUAAUGAGGAAAAUUAUGUCCCUAGUAGUAAAACGGUGAAAAGGAAAGUAAAGAAAGAUUCAGCUUCUGCAUCCAGCAGUUCUGGAAUUCACAAUGAGGCCAAAAAUGAGGAUCUGCUUCCUAGUACAAGUAAAUUAGUCUGUCAGACCCACAUUUUUGGUAAGAAGAAUGCAAGAAAGGAAUCCGCUUCUCCGGCAUCAAGUAGUAAAGGUGUAAGUGUUGAAGUCAAUUCAAGUAAUGUAAAUUGUGGUGAAAGUAAAUCAGCUGUCAGUUCAAGUAGCCAUAAAAUGGGAACUGCCGGUGUUAAGGUGACUAAGAACUCAAGAUCUAGAGGAAAGGGGGAGUUUUCUCAGAGCUCAAGCAGCAUUGGUGAGUACAGCAGUAGCACUAGCAUCAGUGAGGAAAGCAGUUUAAGUGGGUCAAGUUUUAGUGGCAGUAGGCCUCAUAUGUCAAAAGAUCUGAGAUGGGAUGCCAUCCACCAUGUUGAAGCACGGUAUGGUAGCAUAGGGCUGAGGCAUUUCAAGUUGCUUAAGCGGCUAGGUUGUGGAGACAUUGGAACUGUUUAUCUCGCAGAGUUAAGUGGGACAAAGUGUCCAUUUGCUUUGAAGGUUAUGGACAAUGAGUUUAUAGCUGCUAGGAAGAAAAUGCCGAGGGCUCAUACUGAAAGAGAGAUUUUGCAAAUGCUGGAUCAUCCUUUUCUUCCUACGUUAUUUGCUCAUUUUACUACGGAGAAGUUUUCGUGUUUAGUUAUGGAGUACUGUCCAGGUGGAGAUCUUCAUGUUCUCCGGCAGAAGCAGCCAACCAGGUGUUUCUCCGAACAAGCAGCUAGGUUUUAUGUUGCGGAAGUUCUCCUUGCGUUAGAAUACCUACACAUGCUUGGGGUCAUAUACAGGGACCUGAAACCAGAAAAUAUUCUUGUCCGCGAAGAUGGUCACAUCAUGCUAUCUGACUUCGACUUAUCUCUCAGAUGCUCCGUCAGUCCGAUGCUCCUUCAAUCAGCUUCAGUAGUUGUGGAGCCAGCCCAAAAUGCUGCAGGUCCAUGCACAGAAUCCAGCUGCAUUGAUCCUAUCUGUCUCCAUCCAUCCUGGGUCCAAGGGGGUUGCUUCACCCCAAGGCUUAAUGGUGCAGGAAAAACCAGAAAACAAAAGUCAGACCUUGCAGCACAAGUAACCCCGCUUCCACAGCUCGUGGCAGAGCCAACAAGUGCACGCUCGAACUCUUUUGUCGGUACUCACGAAUAUUUAGCUCCGGAGAUUAUUGAAGGAAAGGGUCAUGGGAGUUCUGUUGAUUGGUGGACGUUUGGUAUAUUCCUUUAUGAGCUUAUAUAUGGGAAGACGCCUUUCAAGGGAUCUGGAAAUGAGGAUACUUUGUGCAAUGUAGUGUCAGAGAGUCUCAAGUUCCCCGAAUGCCCACUUGUUAGUUUCCAGGCAAGGGAUUUGAUUAGAGGUUUGUUAGUAAAGGAUCCAGAGAACAGGUUAGGGUCUGAAAAAGGGGCAACAGAGAUAAAACAGCACCCUUUCUUCGACGGACUGAACUGGGCAUUGAUUCGAUGUGCUGUCCCACCAGAGUUGCCGGGAUUUUGUGAUCCUGUACUUGCAGCAGCAGCUGCUGCAGCGGCUUUUCAGAAUGACGAUAGCAAAUGUAUUGAGUUUAAAACUAAUGGAGAGCAUCUUGAGUUUGAGCUAUUCUAGCAAAACCCUCUCUUACAAGUGUUCCGCUUGUGUACUAUUAAUGUCUCUCUGUAACUUGUAUUGGUUCUUAUAUAAUGUAAAUGUAGUUAUAAAAUUGCUUAAUUCAA